AUGGAUUCGUCUAUAUUCAAACCACUGAAACAAUUGUCUGGUUCUGAAUGGUCUGGUCAUAAGAAGUUUCUUUCAACAACACUUGGUUCGGCAUGCCCUUUCGUCGUAAUUUAUCAUCAAAAUAUUUUGCAUGUUUACCAUUUGGAACGCAAUAAAAAAGUCUACACAUUUGAGUUCCCAGAAGGAGUUAAAAUAGUUGAUGUUGACUAUUUUCCAAACAAAGGUAUAUUAUUUCAUUUUUAGAUGACUAAAUUUAAUUUUUGAACUUUUACAGAUGGACUAUUCGGUAUCUUAGUUGGCGCAAAUGAUGAAAAUCUAACAUGGGGUGCUCAGAAUUUCGUAGUUGGAUUGGAAUCACAGUUAGGAUCACAUGUAAAUCUCAAGUUAGCAUGGACUUUAGGCGUGCCAGAAGCGGUUUGUAAACUUUUAAUAUACAUAUAAGAAUUGAUUUGAAAUUUUCAGAUUACUGUCGUGAAGACUUUGUUCACAAACGAGGAUAUGCAUUUUAGAGCAAAAGAGUUCAAAUUGUUCUCUAAACUCGAAAAAUGGCCUCAUGUUGUUGCAAUCGGUGCAAAUAAUUCACGUUGUUUCAUCGGUAAUCUUCAACAACAAGAAGAUUUUGAUACAGAAUCAGUGCUCAUCAAUACGAUUUCUCAAAACAUUGUCGAUAUUUUCAGUGAGUAAAUUCUAAUCUCUCUAACAUGAUAAAUAACAUUUUUCAGCUUCAUUCCGAUCAAAAUCUCGUAAUACAUUUACUUAUGAAGUAGAAGAUUUGUCAAAAACCUACGAUGUUGCUGCUGUUAGUGUUUCUUCGUUAGCUCUUUUGCCAAGAAGUCGAACUUUAUUAGUUGGAUUAUCAAUGGGAGGAAUUAUAAGUGCGGCAUUGAAUCCAUCAAAUGCAAUGAAUCGAUUAUCUCUUCGACAUGAACGUCUUAUUCGAUAUAUUGUACCACUUGAACCAGAAGAUGAUCCAGAAAGAUAUGAAUAUUUUAUGGCAAUUGCUGAUGGUUCUCCAAGACAUCAAAUCAUGAUACAUCUAUGGAGAGGAUGCUUCAAAACAGAAGACAAUUUGGAUGCUGUGGCUGAAAAACAAUUUGAUGAACCACAAUUUUAUGUUAAUAUGGAAUAUCGGAUGCCAUUUGGAAAAAAUUGGAUUUCUGCCAGAACAAUGACGCAUGGAAGAGGAAUUUCGAAUAUGAAUAGAACACGAAGAAUAACUCUUGAAAAUUCAAUGAGUGCAAAAUCUCCAAAUGUGUCGUCAAUGCUGAAUUGCUCACAAUCAUUAGGUAAAAAUGAAAACUAAUAAUUUAUUUAAAAAUAUAUUUCCAGGUUCAACAUUAAACCGUAGUUCAAUACUUUUGGUUUAUGAGAAAAUUGAUAUAAAUACCAACAAGACAUUUAUCGAGGCUGCAGUUUUCGAUAUAGAUGCAUAUUAUUAUAAAAGAAUGCCUGCAACUAUUCGAGAUGAUCAAACAUGUCUAAAACAAUGUGCCUUUAUGUCAACAAUCAAAUCGAACAUUGAAAGUGAUAAUAUUGAAGAUGUUAUGAUUUUAUUGAAUUCUCCAACUGAUAUUUCUCGUUUCUCAUCUCCAAUUUCUGAAGCAGAUCAAUUGUUUUAUCCAUCAUCAUUAAACUUUGAUCGUGUUUUUAUUGCAACAAAAGAAUCAGUGAAUCGGUCAUCAAUUUCUAGUAUCCAUAACACGGUUCGUUUUUAUAAGGUUCUUUUGGCUAUUAAAAAAUGACUCUGAAUUUUUCCAGCUUUUGGAAGAAGUUUCGAAUAAACUAGAAGAAAUUGUUGGAGAUGCCUCAAAUUAUGCUGAAAAACUUCUGGCAGCCGGUUUUGUUCCAAAAACUAUUUUGAAUGGAUCACCCAACAAUUCAAUAAAUUCGAGUCAAUUAUCAGGAAAUUCAUAUUGGAGUGUUGAACAGAAAAUAGUUCUCACAUCAAUGUUGUAUUAUGGAAAAGUGGAUUCGUUGAUCAAAUUAGCAGAUAGUCAAAUUUUGACAAGUGAAAUGAAAGGACAAAUUGCUGAAUGGGUUUAUUAUGAAUGCUGUAAUUUCAAGAGAACUAUUCUUGAUAGAAGUAUGCUUUUUUUAUUUGUUUUUAGAAAUUAAAAAUGAUUUAUACCAUUUUCAGCAUAUAGUGUAUUUGAUGGAUCAUCAGCUGGAUUAUCUCCACAUGCUGAAUCUGCUCUCACAAAUGGAUUAGAAUUGUUUUAUUCUUGUGAAGUUUUAUUUGGACAAUAUCAUAAAGCACUUCAACAAGAUGUUGAUCAAAAUAUAAGUAAGACAUUAGAAAUUUUUAUAUUUUUCCAACACAUUUUUAUUUACAGAGAGAAUUCGAAAAUUUGCCGAAAAUGUUCAUCUUUUCUGGAUUUAUAAUCAAUUAAUUCGUCAAUUUGUUGCUUAUGGAAUUGUUCCGACAAAAUACGAAAAUAUGAGAAAAAUGAGAGAAUUGCAUUUUAUGAAAGUUGAGGCAGCAAGAAAAAACAAAUGUGCUCUUCCAGUUCAAUUAGUAAUUCGUCGUAUGAAUAUGGUCACACCUGAUGCAUUAUUUUGGGAUGAAACACCAUAUGAUCAAUGGUAUCCACCGCAUCCUUCAAAUUUAUUAGAUCCAAUACUAACUUUGAAAAUAACUGAAAAAGUUAAACGAGAACUUAUAAUUCAUUAUGUUUUGGAUUGGCUUAGAGCUUGUGGAAAUAUUUCGGAUGAAAAAGAAUUGGCGAAAAAAGCACAUUGUAUUAUAAAAGACAAAUUGAUGGGAUCUGAUUUGCAAAAGAUUGAGUUUAUUUUGGAAGAAGAAAAAAGAGCGAUUUGCGAGAAACCAAAACCCCAAGUUUUCAAAACAUUGGAGAAUAAUGUUCAAGAGAAAAAGUUGCCUGAUUUUUUGACGGAAAAACAAAAAGAAGAAUUUGAGGCAAGAUAUCAAUUGCAAAAAGAAAAAUCUUCAUUUGGUUGUAAGUUAUUUUUUUUGGAAAAUUAUAUCAGAAUGUUAUAUAUAAUUACAAAUUUACAGUGACUAAAUUGAACGAGGAAGAAGAAAAACAGUAUCAAGCAUUUUUGUUAGUUCGUCAAAGAUAUAAUUAUCUUUCGGAUGAAACUGUCAAUUCCAAUAAAUUGCUACAAACAUUUUUGUCUUCCAAAAAAUGCGCAAAUGUUUCUUCAAAACAAGCCGAGAAGUCAGAAAAACAACGGGAUAUUCAAAACGCGGUCAAAAAUAUGUUCCAAAAAAGUAAGUUUUUUUCAAAUGUAUUUUUCAACUUUUUUGAACUUAAAACUUUAAGAUAAAUCGAAUGCAAAUGAAACAGUAAUGAUGCAAGUGAACCAAUUGGAUUGUUUAUUGCUACCACCGAAUUCGAUUGCUCAUAAAGUUCAACAAAUGAAUAUUGGAAGAAAAAGAAGAUCGAUAAAUGAGGGAAAUAAAAUUGAAAAUGAACCGGUAAGCUAUUCAUAAAUUAUGAACAUAUUUUCUUUUUUUCAGAAUUCCAAGCGGCUUCCGCCAAACAAAUCGCCGAAAUUAGUUUCACCACCUCCAGUUGAUGACAAUUCAUCAGAUGACGAGAUACUUGUUGCUGCUCAAACACCUGCUAAAUAUUUAUCUCGUCGCCCAAUUAAGGAAACUGAAUUAUCUCCAGUUUUCCGUCCAGGACCACCAACAACUUGUCCAAAUAGUAUUCUUAAAUCCACAAAAACAAUACAAUCACCAAGUCGUGGAAGAAUACGUUUUCAUCAAAGUGUUGGUGGAUUUGAAGAAGAAAGUGCGGAUGAAGGAAGUAUUCGAUCAGUUGGUAAAAAAUUGAAUGUGAGUUUUGUUUUUUUUUUCAAAUCUCUUCAAUUAAAAUAUCACAUUUACAGUUUGAUUUCGACGACGAUGAAGAUGAAAACGAAACUGAAAAUGUUCCAACAACUGCUCCAAUUCAACAACCACAAACAGAAGAUACUUUCGAAUUAUCUGAUGCUCCAACUAUAUUCGAAGAUAUUGAAAAAACAUUCGAAAUUGCAUCAGAAUGUUCAGAAAAUAUGGAUGUUAGUGAAAAGAAGGAAAUUGUUGAGAAGUCAUUUGAAGUUGCUGAAGAAUUGGUUGAAGAACAAACAAAAGAAAAAGAUAAUGAAGUUGAAAUGGAAAAAACAAUGGAAAUAUCAGAAGAAGUUGAGGAUUCUGUUGAAAAGGAUAAUAUGGAAGUUGUUGAAGAGGAAACAGUUGAAAAAGAAUCAGUUGAGGCAAAUAAGAUUGUAACUGAAGAAGUUGAGAAAACGACUGAAAUCAUGGAAGAAGUUGAAGUUGUUGAAGAAAAGAAAAACGAAGAUAUUCAAGUCGAAGAAGAGAAAGAAACUGAAAAAGAGAUUGAAAUGCAAGAAGAGGAGGAGAAAGAAGAAGAAGAAAAGUGUGAUGGAAUUGAGAGAAGUUUUGAACUACAAAAAGAUGAAGAUGUUGAGCCGAUCAGAGAACCGAGAAACACAGAAAUUACUGUUGAAAAUGUGGAAGAUAGUUUGAGAAGAUCAUCGAGAAUCAGAUCUCGUACGGUUUCAAGAAGUGAAGAACAACAAGAAUCGGAGACACCAGCCACAAUCACUCGAACAAAUACAAGAUCGAGAACAAAUUCUGUUAGCCAACAAAAUGAUGAGAAAUCCAUAGCCACUUCUAAAAAGAGAACAAAUAUUCGUUCUCGAACUGUGAGUCGAAAUGAGGACAACAUCGAAGAAGAAAAGAAAGAAGAGCUAAUGGAGGUUGAAAAUGUCGAAACUCCGGUUAGAAAAAGAACCAGAUCAACUGUAAGCUAUUUCUGUUUGAGAAUAUUUUUUAAAAAAUUAUUGAUUUUUUAAAUUUCAGAGCCGUUCACGAAAUCCAUCUGUUUCUGUUGAAACUCCAAAUGCAACUCCAAAAAAGGCAACCAAAUCAGCAUCACGGGUAUGUUUUCUCAAUAGAGAACCCUAUUUAAAUACAAUUUUGUCCAGGGUCGAACUGCUGUGAUUGAAGAGGAAAAUGAGAAGAUUGAAGUGGAAGAUGAACCAAAAGUUCAGACUCCAAAAAGAGGAAGACCACCAAAAUCAGCAAAUACAACACCAUCGAAAAAUGUAAUUCCAAAAUUAGAUAAAGUUAUUGAAGAAAAGACGGAAGCCAAAAAAGAUGAAAUUAAAAUUGCCACAACAUCAAGUAGAGUAAGUUUUUCGUCGAUGAAAUAUAUUUCUAGAUUGAGUUUGAUGGUUUUUUCACUAAUUAUUCCUAUUUGAAGAAUAAAACGUGAACUCUCCAAUUAAUUUUGAUUAAAAAGUGAAUUUUUCAAGAGAAAUUUUGAAUUUCAAAUUUCUGAGUUUGCUGCAAAUAAAUAUUCAAAUCAUAAUUUAUUUCAGAGUCGUUCAAGAACUACUUCAGUUAUUGAAGAACCGAAAGAAGCGACACCAAAAAAAGUUGGACGCCCAAGAAGAGAAAACUCGAAAUCGCCAGCUCGAGCCAAAAAAGUGGAAGAAGAGGAAACAAGUUCUUCUGCUCCACGCAAUAAAAGAUCAAACUCUGUCAGCAGAAUGGCAUCUAAAAAAGAAGCGGAAGAGUUGGAUUCGAAAUCAUCAACAAGUAGAUUAAGAGCUGCUUCUGUUGCAACAACAACAAAGACAUUCGAAAGACCCAGAGGAAUUUGGAGAGAACGAUUAGCUGUAUGUUAAUUAUCUGAAUAACUGGAAACAUUUAAAUUUUUAGGAUGCUUUCGAGAAAAGUGAUCCAAAAGCUGCAGCAGUUGUUAGAAGUGUUUCAAUGGCAGCUAAACCAAUCGAAUGUGCAACACUCACACCAAGAAGAUCGGCUCGAAGAAAAUAA